AUGAGAAUACACACAGGAGAAAAGCCAUACCCUUGCUCUGUGUGUGGAAAGCAGUUCCGUGUAAAAAGACAUCUUCAAGACCACCAGAUAGUGCACACUGGAGAGAAACCUUACGUCUGCUCCAAAUGUGACAAGAGGUUUGGUUUCGCCUCAGCCUUGAAAAGGCACCAGUGGUUACACGCAGAAGAGAAACCUUAUUCCUGCUCUGUGUGUGGGAAGGGUUUUAGCUUACAAUCACGCAUGAAGGAACACUUCCUGAUGCACUCAGGAGAGAAACCCCACUCCUGCUCUGUCUGUGGAAAGAGUUUCAGCCGUCCAGAUCAGUUAAAGGACCACUCUCUGCAACACACAGGGAAACCCCACCACUGUUCUAUGUGUGAGCAAAGCUUUGCCUUGUCUAAACAACUCCUGAAGCAUGAGAAGACUCACACAGGAAAGAGACCUUAUAGUUGCUCUGUGUGUGGGAAGAGUUUCAGCGAGAAGGCGUAUCUUGAAGACCACCGGUCAGUGCACACUGGAGAGAAACGACACCCUUGCCCUGAUUGUGACAAGAGGUUUGGAUGUGCUUCGUCCCUGCGUAAACACAGACUGUUGCACAUAGAAGGGAAAUCCCACUCCUGCUCUGUGUGUGGGAAGAAUUUUUCUGAAGCACGUUACUUGAAGGAGCAUUUCCGGACACACACUGGAGAGAAACCUUUCUCCUGCUCUGUCUGCGAUAAGAGUUUUGCAAGAUCAGCAGGCCUUAAAGUCCACCACAGAUAUCAUACAGGAGAGAAACCUUACAGAUGUCCUAAAUGUGGCCAGAGCUUCGUUAGUUCUCAAAAACUUCAGAGACAUCAGAAAACUCAUGCUGGUUUAACACCUGUUGAGUUUCAAAACCCUGUUAAAACUGAAGGAGAGCGGGAGGGAGAAGAUGAGGAAGUUGGUGGUCUGAUUCAUUCAGCUUGAGAAGAGGUUGGUUGGGAUCUUCAUCGUCUCGAUGAGAGUUCGGAGGGGAGAACCUCUACAUCAGGAGAACCUAAAGAAACCUAGGGGAAUCUCAAAGCUCAGAGAUACAGUUGCUCUGUGUGCGGGAAAGACUGGCAACGAUUAUUUGAUCUGAAAAAGACUAAAUGACAGUGCACACAGGAGAGAAAUCGUACAGCUGUCCUGUGUGUGGGAAGAGUUUUAGACGAACAGACCUAAUGAAGCAACACUUUUGGACACACAAAGGAGACACAUGGGGAGAAAACCUUACCCCUGUUUUGUCUGUGGGAAGGCUUUAACAAGAUCAUCAGACCUUAACAUACACAGUAGAGUUCAUACAGGAGAGAAACCUUACAGCUGUGACGAAUGUGGCCAGAGACUCAACACUCCUCAGAGUCUUGGGAGACACAAGAAGAGACGCCACAUCUCACUUCCUGAGGAGGACCAGGCUGGCGGGGUCAAGACUGAAGAGCCCAAGACUGAAGAGCCAAUAGUGUCAUAGAUGAAGAGGAGGCAACCUCUUAUGUCAACGGUAGCAUGGGGGAAACAAGAACUAGCCCUGAACAUCUUGACCUAAAAUAUAUACAGGGCAUUGGGAAAGUAUUCAGACUUUUUACACAUUUUUUUUUACGUUACAGCCUUAUUUUAAAAUGGAUUAAAUUGAUUUUUUUCCCCUCAUCAACAUUCACACCAAUGACAAAGCAAAAACAGGUAUUUUUUUCCCCUCAUCAACAUUCACACCAAUGACAAAGCAAAAACAGGUAUUUUAUUCCCCUCAUCAACAUUCACACCAAUGACAAAGCAAAAACAGGUAUUUUUUUCCCGGAAAUUUCACAUUUACAUACAGAUGAAGUCGGAGGUUUACAUAUUCCUUAGCCAAAUACAUUUCAAAUACGUUUUUCACAAUUCCUGACAUUUAAUCCUAGUAAAAAUUCCCAGUUAGGAUCACCACUAUAUUUUAAGAAUGUGAAAUGUCAGAAUAAUAGUUGAGAGAAUUAUUUAUUUCAGCUUCUAUUUCUUUCAUCACAUCCUCAGUGGGUCAGAAGUUUACAAACACUCAAUUAGUAUUUGGUAGCAUUGCCUUUAAAUUGUUUAACUUGGGUCAAAUGUUUUGAGAAGCCUUCCACAAGCUUCAUUUUCUUCAUUCACAUAAUUUUCCUCCCUCAUGCAGCCAUCUAUUUUGUGAAGAACACCAGUCCCUCCUGCAGCAAAGCACCCCCACAACAUGAUGUUGCCACCCCUGUGCUUCACAGUCGGGAUGGUUUUCUUUGGCUUGAAAGCCUCCCUCUUUUUCCUCCAAACAUAACGAUGGUCAUUAUGACCAAACAGUACUAUUUUUGUUUCAUCAGACCAGA